AUGAAUACAUUUCUAGAUGGAAAGGUUAUCAAGGAGAUGAGGUACAUUCGACAAGUACAUGAUCGAGAAGUGAAGAAAGGACACGUCGCAUUCGUUGAGCCAAACUACAAUCGAGCUUUGUUUGCAAUUGGGUAUUCGGCGGGAAACAUUGAUAUAAUUAAACCGUGGAUCACCGCAAAUGAUCGAUCCAUUUCUGAUGGAGCUUACGAAUUCGAGCAGACAUUGAAAUGUGAACCAAUGAUUGGAGCUGCGUGGAAUGAGUAUCAUCAGAAACUGAUCUCUUGGGGAGAGACAGGAAUUUAUAAGGUCUGGGCUGUAGAUGAUAAAGGACUCUGGCAUUCGAUUGUGAACAUGAAUAUACACGAUUCAAUUUCAAUGAUUUGCUGGGGCAAAUACGACUAUGGGUACGCAAUUCUUUCCCCUCGUGGAUUCAUCCGAGUCAUGUCGUUUCCUAAUAAAGUGGAAUGGAUCAAACAGCUGCCGAAGAAGGCAACCUGUUGUGAUUCCACUCUGGAAGCUCAUCUGAUAGUUGGAGUUGAGGGAGGCGAAGUCAUCGUGUUUGAUGUGGAUGGCAACGAGCGGAAAAACAUCAAAAUCCCAUGCCCAAUAGAUCCACAACUCGAAUAUUUUGACCCUGAAACGCAUACAAUGCAAACCCAAGAGCCGUCAAAACCACCUGAAAUAAUAUCCAUCCAAUAUUUCACUUUCGUUCCAAAAGAGCACAAACCUCUCGACGUUCCGUAUACUGCUGAAAACGUACCAGCUCCACCGAAAGGUCCUCCACGUCCUCUUAUCAUUGUUUACUCGAAUGGAAAAAUUCAAUUUUUAAAGAAUACGGAGGAUACUGAGCCUGUCUUAUAUAAACCAGACCAAGCUUACAAUGUGAAAGCGACACUUGCAAAAUGGUCAGCCUCAGGGAAAAGUGUUGUUAUGGUUUGGAAGGAUGAGAGAUGGGAUGUUGGAUCGCAGAUGAGAGGACUUUUUGUGUCAAAUGAAGGAAGGGAACUCGGAGUAUUCCACUUGGCACCUUCAAUUGAAAUCUACGGAAUAUCUUGGCAUGCCACUGAGAGAUAUUUGCAAUUAGCAAUGGAUAACAAGUUCCAAUAUGGAAGAAUCGAUUAUACGUUUGAAGACGACGACCUCGAUGAUUCAGUUGAUGAUCAGAAUUUGUUGUUGGUUGAAGGAUUUCAAAAACAUGUCAAGAAGAGAGGCGUUUUGAGAAAGGCGUGGGGACUACUCACAAAUACAUAG